AUGUCCUGGACAUAUGCGACCCUGCUGGCUCUCCUCACUGUGCUUCUGGCACUUUCCUGGUCUCCAGAGGCCGAGUCUGCAGCUGUGCCCGGCAGCACAGGCAGCGCAAAAGAUCCACAAGGUCCGCUGAAAAAGAUCUUCAUGAAACAGGCAGAUGCCUCGAACUUCUUGAGAAGACGCAGCGGACGGGGUGCAAAGUCUCAUGAUGAGAUUGACGCUGAGCAGAAGCAGAUUCUGGCUGCAAAUGAGCGGAAGAGACAGUUUCACGAGAAGAGGAACGAAUUUGAGAGCUUCUCUGAAGAGGACGAUGAUGAACAAGACGAGAGGAGCAGAGAGAGCCCCGAGGAGUGGGAGGAGUUUCACGACGACGGGAUGCAGGAGUAA